AUGUCCACGCCAUAUUGGGGCCAAUUGCCCCCGUCCAAAGCUCGUCGCAUGUCCGGCGACUUUGACAAUGCCGAUCGCAGACAAUCCUUAGAUCAAUCCACUUCCCAGCCUCAGUCCCAAUACCAAUCCCAACCACAGCCCCAGUCGCGAUCGAAUCGGGCAUCUGUACAAACCACACAUACCGACGCCCGUACAGAGUCGACCUUUAGUCCUCUCGAGUCACCUGCGGCCUCGAAUUUCCAAGGAAACGGGUUAGCUCCUCGUCCACCUUCUCUUCCUUACGGACAAAAUCAAUACGCUCCGGAGCUUCAAGAGAGACGGCGAAAACGCACCAGUAGAAACCAAGCAGACGACAGCCCUCACGACGAAAUCAUCACUGCCGCCUCACCUCCACCUCCUCCAGCUGCUCCCGAUGUUCCCAGAGCUCCGCCAGUUAGCUACAGAGACCCUUACAGACACAGCAGCCCUGCUUUUACUCCGACAUACACCUACAACGCCGACGGUCAACCUGGGCCACCAUUAUCAGCUUACCGAUUCGGCUCUCCUAGAUUCAGUUCUCCCGGCCUUGGUUCUCCUCGAUUCGGGUCCCCGCAGGCUCGAAUGGCGGGCAUGGAGUCAGACCAUUAUUACAAAGAUGCUACUCCUGAGGCUGAAAGGCAAUUUAGAGCACCCAUACUCGACCGAAACAGGCAGAAUUUUGAUGAAAAUGGAGGGACUGGUGGUCAAUUAGAUAGGGAUAGUGAGAGAUCCGGAUCCAUACGUCGAGCAGCAAACGAAGAUCCGGCGGAUCCCUCUUUACCUAAAAGACAAGGGACCCUCAGCGCACCAUCGAAACGUCCGACGUGGGCCGACGAUCGAUCGCCGCUUCAAAAACUCGAACUUACACUUGAUAGUAUUACCAAAGAGGAGAAGCGAGCCCGUGUAGAAGCAGCGGAGCAUCGAGCAAGAGAACGCGCAGCACGAAAAGAAAAGGCUUUGCUUCAAGAGAAACUACAACCUCAUUCUCAGGCUCAAGUUCAACCCUUGCCCCAAUCAGAGCGCUCAAAUGGACAACAAGUUCGGUUUAGAGACCGUCGUCAACCUCAGGACCAGUAUGAAGAAUCGCGUGCAGUUGUUGCUGAUCCAAAUCAAGCACAGCCGUCGGCGGCCGCAUUCCAAAGUUCUUUGUCUCGGAACUCGCUGGAGGAAGACAAGCCACCCAGUCAAUCCCCGCCCCCUCGCAUCCCAGUCGCUAAGAAUCAAAACGUUACAAACAGUGAAAAAUCCGGGUUACCCCAGCGUAACUUAAGCUUCCGUGAGAGAGCUGCGAAGAAUGACAUCAAUCUACCAAAAGAUGGGGAUAGUAAUUCACCACCGUCACCGGUCACUCCACCAAGUGGGGGCUUCGCUAUCAGCCGAAGUGGAAGUAACAAACUCAAGAAGAACCCGCCUGGUGAUCCAUGGUAUGCUGCGCGCAGAGACGCCGAGGAGAAAUCUGCAGCCUAUCAGAGGCGCAGCUUACCAGCUGAGAAACCAAGUGAGCCGUACAGAGACUUUGGCGCGACAACGGCAACUAUCAAACCUAGAAAUGAGACAUUACCGGGGGCGCCUCCUUCACAAUUUAGCGACCGACCCCCAGCAAGAGGAAAGCAAUUCAACCAAGAAGAUUACUAUGAAGAACCCCCAACCAAACAGAGAGGGUUCGCUACUACAACUGGGUUCGGCCCUGGCGAUCCUAUAGGGAACAAUCAAUAUCCACCUCCAUCACAACCAACCUAUCAACCCUCAGUGCAGGAUGAAGAAGUUCUGCCAGCACCCACGAGAAGCACAGUAAAAUCCGUAAAGUUCCCAGAUGAAUAUGAUGAGUAUGAUUCUGAUGGAACCCCCCAUGAGUUUGGCAUUCAUGAUUACAUGCACCGAGGCAAGCUCAAGCCUGGUCGAGGGAUGUACCAACCACCGAGUUACUUAGACGAAUGGAAGAAAGCCACAGUUGGAACAUUGGGUGGCGCUCUAUUGGAUCUUAAAGAGGAACCUGUUCAGACUGGGGAUAAGAACACGCCGUGGUGGGAGAACCAUGGCAGGCGUAGAAGUAGUACGACAACGCGGCCACCGCAGUUGGAUGCUUUCAAUGCGGUGUAUGAUGAAACCAAGGGUCCGACCAGAUUCAAGCCAGCACUGUAUCUCAAAUGUGGACCGCUGUUGCGUUAUUGCGGUAUUCGCCAUGAAAAGCCACUUGCGCGAGUAAGUCAGAACGACGCAUCUCUAGAUAAAGAAAUAUGGAGAGGCACCGUUAUGAUCGUUACGCAAGACUCAGAGUCGUCCUACGAUAUCCCGCCGAUCCUUCGGCUUUUCGUUCAACCCAUUGAACUCUUACCUCCGCCACCCGCCGAAUUGCGUGGAGAACAAGUCCUUCCACCAGAAUAUGUGGAUCCAAUUGCCGGUAUCCCCAAACUUGGUCGACGGGGGGAGACACUCUAUGUGCGACCAGUGGAACAUCUGGAAGAAGCUAAAGACGUGUCGAGGCUAGACCCUGAUGACGGCCUAUUCGAAAUCACGAGGACCGCACCCGAUCCGCCUGGCUCUUUUGCUAGUCGCAAAAGACGUACUCCGGUUGACGGUGAGAAGCUCGGGAAGUACAAGGAUGUACGCGGAUUCCGUCUACAUGCUGAGAGGGGCCACACGUUCUGGAGGUUCAACAUCGAGGUUGAACUUGGGAGCACUCAGCAAAGAAUUGCCUACCGCAUUAAUCACGGUCCCGCAACAGGCUUUUGGGUACCUGCUCGAGGCCAAUCGAUGAACAUUAUGUUUCACAGUUGUAAUGGGUUCAGUCUAAGUGUGAAUUCAGAUGAGUUCAGUGGACCAGAUCCCAUGUGGCGUGAUGUGCUUAACAACCAUCAAACUCGACCAUUCCAUGUGAUGAUCGGGGGCGGAGACCAAAUUUACAACGAUGCUAUCAUGCGGGAUACCAAGCACUUCCAGAAUUGGCUACAAAUUAAGAAUCCGCUGCACAAGAAUAAUGCUCCUUUCACUCAUGAAAUGCAAAAUGAAAUGGAACACUUCUACCUGGAACGGUACAUGAUGUGGUUCUCCCAGGGGUUAUUUGGUUUGGCCAAUUGUCAAAUUCCUAUGGUCAAUAUGUAUGACGAUCACGACAUUAUAGAUGGCUUCGGUUCUUAUCCCCACCAUUUCAUGAAAUCGCCAGUAUUCAGUGGCUUAGGCAACGUCGCUUUCAAGUACUACAUGCUCUUCCAACACCAGAGCAUACCCGACGAAACCGAAGACACGGAGCCGAGUUGGGCUUUGGGAGUCAAACUAGGACCGUAUAUCCAAGAGCAGAGUCGCAGCUUGUUCAUGUCCCUAGGCAGCAAAAUUGCGCUCCUCGCUGUUGAUUGCCGGACUGAGCGCACGAGAGACGAGGUGGUACGCGAGGAUACAUGGAAGAAACUCACGGAACGUUGCUAUGAGGAUAUCGUCAAAGGCGAGACGCAGCAUUUGCUCGUUCUAUUAGGAGUUCCUAUUGCUUACCCUCGACUCGUAUGGCUAGAGAACAUUCUGACCUCGCGAUUGAUGGAUCCCAUCAAAGCCCUUGGAAAAACGGGAAUGCUGGGCAAUUUCCUCAAUCGCUUCGACGGAGGUGUCGAAGUUCUUGAUGACCUUGACGACCAUUGGACAGCGAAAAACCAUAAGAACGAGCGGAGAUUCACAAUCGAAGACCUUCAAGAUAUCGCCGGAGACAAGUCUGUCCGAGUGACGAUAUUGAGUGGUGAUGUGCACUUAGCAGCAGUCGGGCAGUUCUACUCAAAUCCAAAGCAGAACCUUGCUAAACACAAGGAUUUCCGUUACAUGCCUAACAUCAUCUCAUCUGCCAUCGUCAAUACGCCGCCUCCCGAUCUAAUGGCCGAUAUUCUUAACAAACGAAACAAGGUCCACCAUUUCGAUAAGGAGACCGAAGAGGAUAUGAUUCCUAUUUUCACUAAUGGUGUCGACGGCAAGCCGCGUAAUAACAAACAUCUCUUACCUCAUCGUAAUUGGUGCUCGAUUCGUGAGUAUGUACCUGGGCAGACACCACCGCCUACGCCGCCACCUGAGGAGUACGAAAUUACUCCUGAAGGUACACCACCGGGUAGUCGUCGUGGUAGCAUCCUCCGCAGGUUUUCAUUGUCCAAGAAGCGAGGGCCCUCUGUCCGUCCAGAUGCGUCACACGACCCCGCGGACCGUUCGCGGCCACCCCUCUCUGGUGGUAGUUUUAUGCGAUCUUUCUCGCGACGAGCUUCAUCCGACGGAGGAUCUCGACCAAACAAGCUCCUACGAACCUUGUCGCUAGGUCGAGCUGAUUCUUCUCGUCCACGUGGAAACCUGUUCGGGCGGAGGAAUAGUACAGACCGACCCGACGACGGCGGUAUCAACGGCGAUUGGGGCGCGGAUAGCGGGGAUGAAGAUUAUGACGGCGUCCAUGAAGCGCCUCCUGCACGACAGCAAUCAUCGCGACCUACCGUUUAUGCUCAAACUGCACCAAGUUACGGACACAGCACCAGCAACGGGAAACUUACCAAGCCACCACCUCGAAGUAGAGGCAAUGACGAAUAUGAAGUCGGUGACGACGCAUUCUUCACGGCACGCCCGCCUAAGCGCGCCGUUACGCAACCGAUGAGGAACGAGUACGAGAAUUACUACGACCCAGCCUCGUCAGACGAGAAUGCACCGCCGACGCGGCCGUUCCACCGCACACCUACGGGUCUCACGACGAAGCAGUUGAAGAAGAAGGGUGUAGCGCAUCAUGAAGUCGAUCUUGAGGGCGGACUCGAUGUAUGUCUGAACGUCGAGGUUAACGCCAAGGACCCGGCUGGAAUCACAGUUCCGUAUAGACUCUUAGUACCUAGACUAUGGUACGAGUACCAGGGCGAGGAUAUGGAAAGUGAUGAGCCGGAACCAGAACCGGAAAUGACAUCGGCAAACCAACAUCACGAUCAGCAAUAUGAACGCGAUCAGCAGAGAUAUGAAUACGAGCACGAUCAGAGGUACGAACAUGAACAAAUGCAAGACCCGGAUCAGGAGCAGGCGCCGAUCAUGUACGAGGGCGCGUAUGCGGAUGUUGGGGAGGAUGAGAGACCGCCGAAACAAGGCGUGUUAAAACGCUUGUUUAGUGGGCGUAGACGGAAUACAAGUGGUGGUAAUGGAGGUGGCGGGAGUCAGUAUAGGGCGAGGAGACAAUCGCCUUAA